UAGUGACGUCACGUCAGCUGAUUUUUGUUUACAAUUUUUGACCCCUAACCUAACAAAAUUCUAUACUUUUUCAUAAUUUUAUUUUUAUAUUUUUGGGGUGAAUAAUUGAACAAAUAACAUGGGAAUGCAAGCAGAAGGUCUAUCACACGUUAAACCAGACGUGGAUUACAGCCAAAUCCCACCAAUUCAACAAAAACGAAUCAUCGCCUUCGUGAAUCAUUUCGUCACAAACACAGUCUCCUACCUGAACACUUUCAGUCAAUCCUGCGAAUCUCGAUUUAUGGACUUUGAAUAUAAAAUACAAAAAAUCGAAGCCUCCUUGCUGAUAUUAGAAGCGCAGUUGGCUUCGAUACCAGGAUUCGAACCUGUAGUAGUUGUAGAAAAUGAACCAAAACAUGAAUCAAUAAUUGAGCAACCUAUGGAAUUGCCGGAAGUUACAGAAACAGAUCAAUUGGAGGAAUUAAAUGAAUCAAAUACUAUAAAUGGUAUAAAAGCAAUUGAUGAUCCAAGAUUUGCAACAUUUUUUAGAAUGGUUCGAGUUGGGGUGAACCAGGAGGCAGUUAAAUUGAAAAUGAAAAGUGAAGGAUUUGAUCCGGAUGUUCUAGAAUUGUUUGGUAAUAAAUUGAAGAGUUUAAUAGCAUUUACUUCGGAUGACUUUUUACCCACCUCCAAUAGUGUUUGUAUGCAUGGAAUAUUUCGGUAUCUGGUGUUUGUUUGUCUACAUAAAUAUUGAAUUUUCAAGGAGUCAUAAUUUGCAAUUAAUGAUUUAUAAUAGUAGUUUUGUUUAAUUGUCAAAAUCAUCUUAUUUUUAUAGAUUUGGUUUAGGUUCACACUUCUUAUCCCAAAAAUUAUUUUAAUUAUUCUAUUCUGUAUAUUUUGUACAUAGUUUAUCACAUUGCUAUAUGCACAUCCCCAAGAGACUAUACCACAUGUAGCCACAGAUUCAAAUAGGGCAUAGUAGAUCAGCAGGGUUUUUGUGUCCAAUACAUGUUUAAGGUUUUU